AUGGCUUCGGCGUCUUUCCGAGAGUCUAUGAAUUCGCUGGGCUGGUCCCGUCGCGACGCAGACAUACCCGUCAAUACGAGCCAACAGUCUGGCCUGUUAUCCUCCAUCCAGUCGUUGAACCCCUUCGGCGACCGCGGAUAUGUGCGACUGCCCACCACCGAGGGCGCCGGCGCACCGCUCCCAGCUCCCACUCGCCGCGAGGAAGAAGAGGGAUGGUUCGCCUUGAGCCGUUGGGAUCGCCUCCUGAUCUUCGGUGGUUGCAACAUUGCUGCUGCAGCCUGCUUUAUUCUCUGCUUUGCUCUUUGGCCUGUCCUGAUCGCAAAGCCUCGAAAGUUCGCUACGCUAUGGUCCUUUGGUUCCGUCCUGUUCCUGUGCUCAUGGGGUGCCAUGAUGGGGCCUAUGGCCUACAUCCAACACCUCCUCUCCGGUAACCGACUACCUUUCACUGCAGCCUACUUUGGCUCUAUCUUCUUGACGAUAUGGUUUUCCAUGGGCUUGCGAAACUCUAUCUUGACCCUGAUUGCGGCUAUCAUUCAGCUGGCCUGCUUGAUAUGGUAUCUUGUCAGUUACUUCCCCAUGGGCUCGAGCGGCCUGCGCCUCGCCACAUCCUUCGGUGCCCGACGCGCCGCUGCCUGGAUGACUGGUUAA